GUAGGCGCAUUCGCUCGUACGCUUCAUCCAAAGCGGACUUAUACCGAGAGGAAUCCGUCGUUCUGUCGUCGUAUCGUCGUCGUUGUUGUCGUUGCCGUCGAGCCGGAUCGAGGUCUCGAAGGGAGAGCAUAAGAGCGUAAUAAGACGAACUCUCGAAAAGAGAAAGAGAGAAAGAGCAGAGGAAGAAUCGGGUGAUCGUUGUUGCCUCUUGAUCCAUCGAGUUCCCUCGGCCGGACGGCAGUGAAAAGCUCGGGCGAAAAGAAAAAAAAGCAGCCGAUCUCUUUUUUCCUUGGGGGCUCGAAGAGUUUUUCGGUCAGGAAGAACAGCACGGCGAGUAUGAUGGCUGUAGCAGCGGCGCAGAAGAACCGCGAGAUGUUCGCUAUCAAGAAAUCUUACAGCAUCGAGAAUGGAUAUCCGGCGAGACGACGAUCUCUCGUGGACGAUGCUCGUUUCGAAACUUUGGUCGUCAAGCAAACGAAGCAGAGCGUUUUGGAAGAAGCACGUCAACGGGCGAAUGGCGAAGAAACUAUCUGUCCACAUGACACGGAACGUUAUGCUUCGUCGAGCGAUGAUGAACAGUUGGAAACAUUGGCUUGCAUCGCCAAGAAUGGAGAGAUUAAAACGGAAGACAGUGACGUAGUCAAACCAGAUGAAGAUUACAACAAUGACGCUGGACUGACCGAGGAGGAAGUGGUGUUGGCGAAGACCAUAGCUGAAUGCCCGGAGAGCGAGCACACGGUGCAGAAAGCGGCGCUCGUGCUGCGUCUGAGGGAGGGGAUCGGUUCGUUGGCGAGGAUCUUGAAGACGAUCGAGAACUUCAAAGGGACGGUGACCCACGUCGAGUCUCGGCCGUCCAAGAAAGAGGGCCUCCAGUUCGACGUGCUCGUCAAGAUCGACAUGACGAGGCAGUACUUGCUGCAACUGAUCAGGAACCUCCGCCAGAGCUCCGCUUUGGACGGCGUCACCCUGCUCGCGGACAACUCCGUCAGCAUCAAGGACCCCUGGUUCCCGAGGCACGCGUCCGACCUCGACAAUUGCAACCAUCUGAUGACCAAAUUCGAGCCUGACCUCGACAUGAACCAUCCCGGUUUCGCUGACAAGGAGUACCGUGCCCGCAGAAAGUUCAUUGCUGAAAUUGCGUUCGCGUACAAGUACGGUGACGCGAUACCAACCGUCCCUUAUACAGAGACGGAGACCGAGACUUGGACCCGGGUGUUCAACACCCUGGUCGACCUGGUCCCGAAACACGCUUGCGCCGAAUAUAGGAGAAAUUUCAAGAAGAUGCAGGAGGAGAAGAUCUUCGAGCCUCACCGUAUACCCCAGCUGCAGGAGGUGAGCGAGUUCUUGAAGAAGAACACGGGAUUCACCUUGAGACCUGCGGCCGGAUUGCUCACGUCCAGGGAUUUCUUGUCGAGCCUCGCGUUCAGGGUGUUCCAGAGCACUCAAUACAUCCGUCACAUCAAGAGCCCGUAUCACACUCCUGAGCCAGAUUGCAUCCACGAGCUCUUGGGGCACAUGCCGCUGUUGGCCGAUCCAAGCUUCGCCCAAUUCUCCCAGGAGAUCGGCCUCGCUUCGCUCGGCGCCUCCGACGAGGAAAUCGAGAAAUUGUCCACGAUUUAUUGGUUCACCAUCGAGUUCGGCCUCUGCAAGGAAGGGCCGGAUGUGAAAGCCUACGGCGCCGGCCUUUUGUCCGCCUACGGCGAGCUCCUUCACGCGCUCACGAGCGGCAAAUGCGAGCAUCGACCGUUCGAGCCAAAGUCCACCGCCGUUCAAAAGUACCAGGAUCAAGAUUACCAACCGAUCUACUUCGUGGCGGAGAGCUUCGAGGAUGCCAAAGAAUUCCGCCGUUGGGUGUCUACCAUGAGCCGGCCUUUUGAGGUUAGGUACGAUCCGUACACGCAACGCGUCGAGAUACUGGACAGCGUGGACAGGUUGGACAACCUAAUGGCUCAAGUGAACACCGAAAUGACGCACCUCACGAACGCUGUCAACAAACUGAAGACAUCGUUCGCGUAAAAAACAAGAGGGUCCGCGGUGACACGAUACGACUUCACGUAUCAUCGAGCUUCCUAAAGUUUGCCGAUCUUCGACGUAUGCUCUUCAAAAUGUGUUCGCAGGGAAAUAUCGCGAUAUAUUCUUUACUUCGUUCAAAUUUGCUCAUUCGCGAUUCUUCACUCCUCCCCCUCAAGAUAUCCAUAUCAAGCCGAGUGUAAAUAAGUAUUAUAAUUUGUAUCUCUUGUUUCCUUCCUUCUUUCUUUCUUUUUUUUUCCCUUUCUUCUCUUUUCCUUUUCGAAAAAACGUCGAAAAUCUCGCCAAGUCAUCAUCGUUCACAUUCGAUCGUUCGUUCACUCUGUGUAUAAAGUCGCCCAUACUACGCGUAUCCGGAUUACCACGUUCAAAACGCGGAUUCACUCGUAUUGUUCUCCGUGUACGAUACGAGUAUUCGAUCAGUCGACCCCUUGUCUCUCGUAUUAUUUAUUGAUAGUGAUAUUCUUGCAAGAAGAAGAAGAAAAAAAAAGAUAGUAUUAUCGGUGGAUGUUCGUGCCUCGUGAAAACCGAGCCGAAUCCGCUUUGAACGUUCCAUGCAUACGUACGUAUUCGGUUAUUUUGUUCCCUAUUGUAUUCUAUAUUAUUAUUGUAUUACAUAUUACUAUCGUAGAAUAUUACAAGUAGUCGCGUUUUUUCCUUAGUUCGCAUCGCGACA